UCCCCCAGCCGAGGAAUCGCUGGGCCGAACCUGACGCACCAUCGCGGCGUCGACGCCAUUUCCUCACGUCGACACUGCUCGAAAUAUUUUUGAAUUGCCGUCCCGGAGCACCACGUCAAGCAUCAUCCGAUUUCUGUUUGCAUCUCGCUGUUAAGCAGAUUGUCGGCGAUUUGGCGAUUACGUCGGUCGCGCGAUAGAUCCUCUGCAGGUGAAGAAGUUCAUGUUGUAGACUUCGAUGCGAGGGCGUGGUGCAUCUAGCGUCUGCACUCGAAGGCGAAGGUCCUGGAGUUAGGGUGAGAGGGAGUUGGCUCGUUUCUUGCAGACAUUUAGAAACUCCCGACGUGUAUUCAGCACUGUGGUUUAAAGGAGCAACUCCUGAAAAUUUUGCCCUAACUCACAGUUCGUGGCGAAGAUUUUUUCUAAGCGAAAGCUCUCCCUCCCUCGCUGGAGGGAGAGGGAAGAGGACUCGAAGAUGGCAUCGUAUCCCAAGGCAUUGGGAGUUGCAGCAGUGGCGUAUGUGGCAGUAGAUUACUUGCGUGAAGUUGCCCCAGGACUUCACCAGGUUCUGCAACCUUGCUUGUGGGGGUUCUUUGCUGUAGCAGCUGCAGUCCGUGCCCCGUACUAUGAUUACUGGACCCGAGAGUUUCGGUCUAUCGGAAUUUUCUUAGCGUCUCUGGUGUUCAUGCUUAGUUGUCUCUGCGUCGAGGCUAUGGCGGUGCAAUAUGUCACCACUGUGCUGGGUCUGGAUUGGCACUGGAGUACUGCGCCGCUUCCCGACUCUGGACAAUGGCUGGUCCUAGCUGGCAACGAGAAGCUACCAGCAGCAAUUGUAGCUUUUUUACGAGCUCCUGUCAUCGGGCUCCAUCAUUUCUUGAUGCUCUUCCUUCUCUUGGCCUUUUCGGUGUUGUACGGUUGCGUAAAAGCCCCUGGUAUGGGUCUCGGUGCUCGCUAUAUGUUUACCAUGGGUGUCGGUAGACUAAUCCGAGUUUUGACCUUUGUUGCUACAAUCCUGCCUUCAGCCAGACCGUGGUGUGCUCAUGCCCGAUUCAAGACUGCCAAUUACCCACAUCCAUGGGCACAAAAGUAUUACAUGCCGUAUGCGAAGGAUCCUAAUAUGGUUCGCCAGGUCAUCGAUCGGGAUGAAGCAUUUGCCGCUGUUGGGAGUUACCCACCAGAGUACGUGCCCAACUGGGGUUCAAUGCAAUUCCUGGUAAAUAUUUUGAGACCCAUGGACCCAGCGAAAAUCGGGAAAGGACCAGAAAACUGGUUCAACACUCUGAAACGUGCCGGCGGUGGGUGCAAUGACCUUGUAUUCAGUGGUCAUAUGUAUGUCGCGGUUCUAACUGCUAUGGCUUGGCAGGAGGCGUAUCCUGGCUGGGGUUCGGUUUUCAUAUGGUUUCUGGUUGCACACACUGGACAACGAGAGAUUCGUGAACGACACCAUUAUAGUGUGGAUGUGGUUUCAGGAAUCUAUGUAGGCAUCUUGAUGUGGCGCACAACUAGAUGGAUAUGGUCGAGCAAGGACCACAACCAGAAGCUCAAGCUCAAACAUUUAGCCGCAAUGGAGGAUGACCUCCAAAAGGCUGCCAAAGAAGGCGAUCUUGAGGGAAUCAGGUCCAUGUUGAACAGAGUCAGCAAAUCGGGUGCGGAAGAAAAAGCAUCUGAACGGACACUGUUAUUGGUUGCAGGUUCCAUAUUGUUCAUGACACUUGGUCUGGGGCUCCUGGCCUUCAAAUUAACUGCAGACGGUUAAACAUGUUCGUGGUCGUUGGAGGUCAUAAUUAUAGCUCAUUUUUUUUGGCCCACUUAUUUCUGUAUCUUUACCAUGUGAUCGGGCCUACUUGUCCUGUUCCCGUGUUACAGUGUGCAAAUUCCUUCAUAGCAACUCUUCCUGGAACAGAGUACAUAUGGCUUGUGAAUAUGGUAAUCGCGAUGCAUCUCGGUUAUUGGAAUCAGAUAAACAUGUAAAGAAAAACUUGAAUCUUGAACCUGGAGGUCUUGUAUUGUUGAUUA